AUGUCAAGAAUCCAACAAACUAAAUUUUAUUCUCGUGAUGUAAAGAGGUUAACGAAUAAGGCUGCGAUGAAAUCCUACAGUUCGAUGAAUAAAGGAGAUAACAAAUCACCAGUUAGAAGAAGCUUGCAUGAACUUAUCAAGCAGGACAAAUAUGAAGCAUCGCAGCUACGUAUUAAACGUUCAGUUUUACUCAAUACUCAAAAAGCACAUAUGAUCAGAAAAAAACAAAAAAACGAAUAUUAUGGAAAAAACCUAGUAAAAUUGCGAAAAAUCAGGGAUUAUUUCAUUCAAAUUGAUGAGAUCAAUGCAUAUGUUAAGAAAAUGAAUGAUGAAAAUAUACGGUUCUUACGAAGAGUUAAUUUUCCAGUAGAAAGUGUUGUCAAGGAUAUUAGCGGUGCGCACGAAAAUGAAUUACUCAAAGAUAUCGUAUUUACACUGAAUUCAUUUUUGGGAAAAAGAAAUGAGGAAAGUAUCUCGAUUUUAUCACCAAAAUUAUUUUCCUUUGCUCGAAGUGAUAGCAAUCGUUCAAAAGUUCUAUCGCCAACUCUCUUCAGUUUUAGACGUGAAGGCUUAUUUUCUAUUCCAGAAUUAGUUGCACUAAUUGGUACUAAUUUUCCGAUGGUGAGUGACAAAGAUGAUGCGAAUAGUCAACUCUUGGAUUUUAUCAUUGACAUAACGGGUGCUUCGACGAUUUUGGAUAAGUUAUAUAGUUUAUUGGAGGAUGAUAUCAGGGAAAUUGAUGAAAUAAAAUAUCCACUGGUUCAACGUCUCAUCCAAAAUGGUCGAAACUGGAUUACGGUAACUGAAUCUUAUACAGGUUCCAAUUCAAAUGACUCAAUUAGGCUAGUUUCAGAUAAGCAAAAGUGGGAUAUAAGAAGUCGAGGUUAUACUUACCUCGAACCAUUUCAACUCAACGUUCUUUAUGAUUAUCAAGAUCUACAGUCUCUGCAACUCGAUUUGAAUAGUUAUGGAAAUAUGAGUGAAACUGAACGAGAAGAACGAUCAGAAUGGCAAAUUCGUUGCUUAGCCUCUUUAUCGAAUGAUAAUGAUCGACAAUAUAGAAGUCGCCAAAAACGGCAAGGCGUGCCAGAAGAUCUUAGUGAUCAGCUUAUUAUUCUUCGUCCUUUUGCUUUCGCCAAUUUUCUUGCUCAUGGCAUAGCAUUUGAAGUGCACCUAUUAUCACCAAGUGCUUUUAUUAAUGAAAUUUUACUUCCGCAAGCUUUCAUUGUAAGCAUACUUUCUCCUCAUUUAGCAUCAGAUGAAGGUGUCGGUAUGUUAAUACUCAGCCCACACAUAAUGUCACCAAGAAUAUUAAGCAAAGAUUUCAUGCUUGUUGAAGUUUGUUGUUUUUUGAGUAUUCAAUUUUGGGAUACAAUGCAUGUUCUAUCGCCAGAAAUAUUCGAAGCACCAGAAUCUGAAAAAACUGAAUCCAAAAGUGAUGGAAAUGAAGAAUCACAUGAAAAUACCGAAAACAGCAAAUUUUACUAG